AUGUCCAACAAUGAAGAUGAAGUUGAAUAGGUGAUAAAAACUAAUAGUCAUGAGCCCCCCCAAACUCGAUCAAUUAGUAAAAAAGAAAGAGGUGAUGUGCAAAAAGUAGUUUCGAAAAUCAACAAACAAAAUAGAAUUGUCAAAAAGAGAAUGAAACGAAAGCGACUAUAUUCAAAGGCAAAAAGACCUGGCAUGCGUAGAAGAACUAGAAUUCCUGCUUCUGAAUCCUUUACUCCAAAUGAAGAUAGAUUAAUUCUUUCUUCUGUAUUAAAAUUAGGUCCCAAAUUCAAAGUUAUUUCCACUUAUUUUCCAUCAAAAUCACUCAGCACUGUAAAGAAUCGAUACUACAAAUUUCUCCGAUAUAGAUGGACACAAAUAAUGGGGAAAGAUUACGAUACUUUGUACAAAGAAAGUCUAUAACAGAGCACACAAGGAGAGGAGAUUAUAGAGACAGUUUAAUUAUUUCCAGAAUUCAAAGAUAUUUUAAAGAACAUGAUUUCAAAUAUAAAAUCUUUAAUAUUAUAAUGA